AUGGAAGACAUUAAGGAACUUGUCAUGGGUGACUUGAUGGUAGACGACACGAGCGAUGUUUGGUAUGAAGGACAUUAUAGAUGUGAUGUGAAACGUGAUGUGAGACGCGAAGAGAGACGCGAAGAGAGACGUGAAGAGAGACGUGAAGAGAGACGUGAAGAGAGACGUGAGGAGAGACGUGAAGAGAGACGCGAGGAGAGACGCGAGGAGAGACGCGAGGAGAGACGCGAGGAGAGACGCGAGGAGAGACGCGAGGUGAGACGCGAGGUGAGACGCGAGAUGCGCGUGGUGAGCGGGCGGUCCUUGGCGUGGGCGGGGCGCGUGCCGUUGGCGAGGGCGCCGUCGUCGGCCUGCUCGCCCACCUUGCUCUCUGCGAGCGCCGUGCCGUUGGCGCCGCUGGCGCUGGCGCUGCCGGGCCUGUUCUUGCGCCGCUUGUUCUUGUUCUUCUUCUUCUUGCCACCGCCGCUGCCGCUGCCCGGCCGUCGCCAUCAUGAGACAUAUUUGUAUGAGAACCUAGUUAUUAACAUGGGAAUAGCGGCAAGUUUCCGUUUGUGGCGUGGCCCCCCGUUGGGCGCCAAUGCGUGUACCUGCUGGUGCCUGAGCUUGGGCGGCGUGCGCACGUCCUCGGCCGUCAGCAGCUGUGACGUCACGCGGUGGAUGGCGGCGCCGAGCUGCGCCUCGGCCGCCUUGGUGGUGGCGAAGGAGGCGGCGGCGGCGGCGGCGGCGCUGGUGGCGGUGGUCGGGGCCGCGCUGGUGGCGGAGGCGGUGGUGACGGUGGUGGUGGCGGCGGGGGCGGCGGUGGAGCGCUGGGUGGCGGCGGUGGAGGUGCCGGCGGCGGUAGAGGCGGAGGACGGCGGUUUCACGUCCACGCGCCCGCUGCGGUUGCUCUCCUCCACGCGAACCCUGCCACACGACGCUGCGUUACACUUGGAACCAACCACAUUCGCCAACAGGGUAGAUAAGAUGGCGACAAAAAUGUGCGAAGAAAUCAAGUCAUGCGAUAGAAACGAGAAAAAACAUGAUGAGAAGCAACAUAAGUUUAAAAAAGAACGUGCCCACGGGCAGGACCGCGACAAGCUGUCAGCUGCGUGCCCCAUGCGGGCGGGCGGGCGCCACCUCCUAGCGCUAGGCACGGUUGAUCCGAGCGAGAAACGUUGUGAGCAAAACUCUCCUUCACCAGGUAGCAAUGUCGUCAAUUUCUGUUAUCCUCUCCCGAAUUGGAACGUACCCAUGGACAGGAACAUGACAAACCGUAGUCAUCGACAUUCGCUUGACCAGAAGGCGAAGACCGACGUAUUCUGUCAUUGUGCCCAUGGGCAUGUGCGCAUGGACAGGAACAUGACAAGCUGUUGGUCAUGGACAAUGGUUUGA